UGUACACACUGCGCUGGGAAUUGCAGAGCUCUGCUGAAAAUACUUUUUUUUUGCAUUACUUUUUAAAGCCAACAUUUACAAUGCCUAAGAAGAAAGGGAAGAAAGGAAAGAAAGGGAAAGGGAAAGGAAAGAAGGGAGGAAAGCCAGAGUCUACAAUCGCAGAGGAGUCCGAUGCUGAGAAAGCAAAGGCAAAUGCUGCCCUUUGGGAGGCCAGGCUUGAUAUAACAGAACAGUCCAGAGUGGAAUACAGGGAGGCUGCGAGGAAACUAGCCAGAGCCAACGAGGAGCUCACCAGCCAGCAGUACCGGGUGGAGAAGGACACGGUGGAGAUCAUUGCCUUUUUGAAGAAGAAGGAGGCUGAAAAAGAUGAACAGAUUGCAAAAUUGCAACAACAGUUGAGAGAUCUCAAAAGGCAGGCAAGAGAAGAAAAUGAGGAGCUGGUCAACGGUUACACACAACAGCUGAAUGAACUGGAUGAGAAGUUCAAGAAAAAGUCGAACGAAUUGCGAAUGGUCCAGAGCGAGAUGAAGACGAUCAAGGAGUUCCGGAAGAAAAAGGCUCAGAUGGAGAAGGAGCUUGAUGACAUAAAAGAGAAUUUGUACAUUGCAAAGAAGGAACACAAGGAAAUCGUGGCAAGAAUGGAACACAAGUUCUUUGGAGAAAAACUUCGGCUGGAGAAAGAGGCAGAAAAGAAAAUAGCACAGCUGGCUGAGAGAGCCCACAAUGAAGCUGUUGUCCAGCUGGAUGAUGCUGCCCGCUCUGUCUUCAAGGAGAACGUCAGACUUAAUGAAGCACUGAGCUACCACAUGAAAGAAGCAGAGGAACUGAAGAAAAUGACAGCGAAACUAGCAGAGGAAAAGAAUGACCUUCUACAGAAACAGGUAACCAGCAAGCUGCUUGUUGAGGAGAAAGUCUCUCAAGUGGUACAGCUGAAAAGAGAGGUUGGGGAGCUGCAAAGGAAAGUCACAUGUCUGGAGCAGGGCCUGGGCCACAUGGCCUGUGAGUUUGAAGCCGAGACUAACCUAACGCUGCAGAAGGCCCUCAUCUCGACGAAGGCUGGUAAAGUGGAGAUUGACAAGCUCCAGAAACUCCUUGACAUGAAGGACCGGGAGAUGAACAGGGUAAAGAAGCUGGCGAAAAACAUUGUGGACCAACGCACAGAGGUGGAGCGGUUCUUUCUGGAGGCACUGGACCAUGCAAAGCAGGAGGUCAUAAGCAGCCGGGCACAAUACAAGCAGGCAGCCCAGGUAGCCUAUCAGAGGAAGAUGCAGGAAGCUUAUUUAGGAAAAGAAGAGCCUCCAAAAAUCAGGACUUUCACCAAGAAUGAACACAGCACUAACAACGUGUACCAAGACCUGAGGGAAGCAGAGAACUGGGCAAAUGUGCAGAGCAACAGGGUGGACAUUUCUGAACUGACAUGGGAGCAGAAAGAGAAAGUACUGCGGCUACUCUUUGCUAAAAUGAACGGACUCAAAAUAAGGAAACCAACACGAGACCUGUCUUUAUCAGCACCAACUGAAAGGAUCAUUAAAGACAAAGAAGAUCCUGGGUCUCUGCUUCAGGAUAGCAACCCAAGUCUGACUUUCAUAACCCAGGCUCCACUGCCUGGGAUCCCUUCUCACGGAAGCAUUCUCCCAGAUAUUCAGUCUACCUGACACCGUCAAGAAGGCUUAUAUACCUCAGCUCUAUUUGACUGGACACUCCUGAACUGUACUACAAAAAAAUAAAAUUAUAUAAGCUUUAAAUAUUCUAGUACUGGAAAGUAGACUCGUGCAAUUCUUCACAAAGUGUUAUAUUUUAACCCCCUUUUUAUAUAAAAACAAAUCAAACCGUAUUGUUUUACGUUCGUCUACACAAAUAUAUUUAAAAUACACCAGUACUUAGAACAUGCAUUUUGUACACAACAAGCAGUUUAGAAACCUUUCUCGACCAAAACCUAUGCAACAAACCAACCAUUUGUUUAAAGUGUGGGCUAUUGUAAUGUAAAGUCGCUAUUUCUCAAUAUGCAAAGUAAUAAUGUUAGAUGAAGAAAAAAACAUUUACAAAACAGAUGAGCUGUGUAAGUGCUUGGCUUCGGGAUAAAUCACAAUACCUAAUGCUGCUGGGCUUUAUUGUGUCUUUCAGAUUAGCUUUUUGCAGUUUAAAACCAAACCAAAGUGCAAUUAAACUCCCAUCUGAUGUGAGAUUUAAAGCCUACAGACUAUGAAGCAGGGCAAUAACUUUCCUGUAAUGAAACACAGUAAUGAUCCACCCAGUGCCUUGGGUUCUAGUGCAGUGACCCGUACAGACCCACCCUUAGAAACAAUAGCGUACUGUAAUUCUUUCAUUUGUUUAAUAGAGUGUGAAAAGUAGAAAUAAAUUACUUUAAUAAAGGUUUGUAAUUUUAAAUUAUCCAAGGGAGCUAGUUAAAUCAAACAAAACCGUUACUAGGAAGCAACUGUACACAUGAUAUUCAGUGAUAGACUGCAAGCCAAAUAUGAAACAGAUGUGUUUUCGUUGCAUUACUCAAUCCAUGUGUCCUCGCUUUGGAGGUCAAUACGUGUACAAAUGACGAGGUGAUUUCACAAUUUCAAUACAUACUACAAUCACAGGUAAGCACCAAACACAGUCAGCCACCCACUGGAAACAGGCCCAGAUGUUACACUGGACUUUAAUCACUGAUGGAUCAAACCCCUAAACACUCAUAAUCACCC